UAUUGCUAAGAAAAGUCACAUCACACUACUAGUUGUGUUUCAGUAAGCGAACGAACUUCAAACUACCAAACAACUUAACAAUGGCUUUCAAAGUAGCUGCCUUUGCCAUCCUUCUGGUCACUGUCGCCAUCCAUGCGGCUCCCCAGCUCGAUCAGCUGCCCAGCGGUAUGACUACGCCGGCGGUUGGCGAAAUCCAGGCACCGGUCGGUGGCAACCAGACGAACCCGGGUGAUUUGCCCAACAACAUGAACACGACCGUUCCGUCGAACCCGGCCGAAGGUGUCGGUGGUGCCGAGAAUGCUACCAUGCCGUCCAACAUUGGUGGAGGUAUCCCGAACCAGCUGGGAAACCGUAUCGCUAACCGAAUCAACAGCCGUAACAACAAACACUAGCACGGUUCCGAUCGAGACUAAAAGGAUUUUGAACGCAUGAGCAAGCAUGGGAUGUAGGACGCACGAAAAAAGAAGCUCUCAAUAAAUGCAAAUAAUAAGCUGAAAAUUUGUUACGCACUUUAA